AUGGCGUCCCAAACCAACGAGACCUACCGCGCCGGGGCCGACAUCACCCGGGGCGAUGCGGCGGCGUGCAAGAAGGCGGCGGCCGAGCUGCUAGCAGAGAUCGGCCUUCCGAAGGGCCUGUUCCCUCUGGAAGACAUGCAGGAGUUUGGCUACAACCUUCAAGAAGAUCAAGCAGACAGUGUCGUACGCCGGCGAGGUGACGGCGUUCGUGGAGCACGGCAAGCUGAAGAAGAUCGCGGGGGUGAAGACCAAGGAGCUCGUGCUGUGGCUCAGCGUCGUGGAAGUGUACGUCGACGAGUCCGCUCCCGGCAAGGUCACCUUCAAGGCUGGCACUGGGCUGUCUGA